GUCACCAUGGCUCGCGCUGAUCAGGUGACAAAUGUGGCAAAGUCGGGUUGCGUCCGGACUUUUUACACGAAAUUGCACUAAACUUAGAAAAAAGAAUGACAAACCAGGGGAAGCAGUUCUGCACAGCAGACGAGCCUGAUGAAGCCCUGACGUUUGGUUAUUAUGAUGAAGAUGAUGAUGAUUUGGAUGCAUUUCCAGAGGAUGGACUGUGUGGCUGCGAUGAAGGAGUGUUGGGCUUCCAAGAUCCCUUCUGCAGUGAGGUGAAGCCUCGCAUCCUGCUGAUGGGUUUACGGCGCAGUGGCAAGUCUUCCAUCCAGAAAGUGGUCUUCCACAAGAUGUCCCCCAAUGAGACUCUCUUCCUGGAGAGCACUAAUAAGAUCUGCAGAGAGGAUGUAUCCAACAGCUCCUUCGUCAGCUUCCAGAUCUGGGACUUUCCUGGACAGAUCGAUUUCUUCGACCCCACCUUCGACUACGAGAUGAUAUUCCGUGGCACGGGAGCGCUCAUUUUCGUGAUCGACUCACAGGAUGACUAUGUGGAAGCAUUGAGCAGACUCCACCUCACUGUGACCCGAGCCUACAAAGUCAACCCAGAUAUCAACUUUGAAGUAUUCAUCCAUAAAGUGGACGGCCUAUCCGAUGAUCACAAGAUUGAGAAACAGGGAGAUAUACACAAACGCGCCAAUGACGACCUGGCAGAUGCUGGCUUAGAGAGGAUACAUUUAAGCUUCUACCUGACGAGCAUCUAUGAUCACUCCAUCUUUGAGGCGUUCAGUAAAGUGGUGCAGAAGCUCAUUCCACAGCUCCCAACUCUGGAGAAUCUACUCAACAUUUUUAUAUCUAAUUCAGGGAUCGAAAAGGCAUUUCUGUUUGAUGUGGUCAGUAAGAUCUACAUUGCCACAGACAGCAGUCCAGUGGACAUGCAGACGUAUGAGCUGUGCUGCGACAUGAUUGAUGUCGUCAUUGAUAUUUCCUGCAUCUAUGGUUUGAGUGAGGAUGUCACCGGUUCGCCAUACGAUAAAGAAUCCAUGGCCAUCAUCCACCUCAACAACACCACAGUGAUGUACCUUAAAGAGGUCACCAAAUUUCUGGCCCUUGUCUGUUUCCUCAGGGAAGAGAGUUUUGAGAGGAAAGGACUUAUUGACUACAACUUCCAUUGCUUCAAGAAGGCCAUAGAAGAAGUGUUUGACUUGAGACUGAAAGUGCAGAGAAACCGGAAACUUCUGAGCCAGAGGAGGUGGAGCAGGCAGAGCGUGCCAAACAGGACACACACUCAACACCACUGAAUGACACUACAUAGUUUCACGUUGAGAAUAAACCCAGCCAAAUUAUUCAUAUAAUCUAGAUUCACAACUAUCUUAAUUCUCUCGGUGUGUUAACAAUUUUUUAUAUAUAUUUAAGGCAAAUAUUAAUAGAAAACAACAACUGUGAUGUCCAUUCAUUAGAUUUUUAUUAGCAUAACUUAUAUUAGAUUUGUCAGUUUAUUAAAUUCAUAACUGACAGUAGAUUAAGGUUAGAUGUGUGAUGAUAGGUUGUUGAUUGUAAUGUGACUCAGUGUGAGUGACCCAGUGAGUGGGAAGAAAAGAAUGAUAUAUACUUUUUUUGUUUGUUUGUUUUUUUUAUUUUAGAGACUCCUACAACUGAAUUACCAUAUAAAACUGAUUUCAGGUGGCACGGUGGUGUAGUGGUUAGCACUGUUGCCUCACAGCAAGAAGGUUCUGGGUUCGAGCCCAGGGGCCGACGGGGGCCUUUCUGUGUGGAGUUUGCAUGUUCUCCUCGUGUCUGCGUGGGUUUCCUCCGGGUGCUCCGGUUUCCCCCACAGUCCAAAGACAUGCAGGUUAGGCUAAUUGGUGGCUCUAAAUUGACCGUAGGUGUGAAUAUGAGUGUGAAUGGUUGUUUGUCUCUAUGUGUCAGCCCUGCGAUGAUCUGGUGACUUGUCCAGGGUGUACCCCACCUCUCGCCCAUAGUCAGCUGGGAUAGGCUCCAGCUCGCCCGCGACCCUGCACAGGAUAAGCGGUUAUGGAUAAUGGAUGGCUGGAUGGAGACUGAUUUCAGUAGAUUGAGUUGGCAGCAAAAUUACAUCACAUUUUUGUUUUAAACAGCAAGAAUAAAGGACAGGUUGAGAUGAAACACUGAAGAGACAGAUUUAAAUGCAGAAAAUGAAAUGCACCCUUUCUUUCCUUUGUUUUCUUUCAUGUAGUCAGUCAGAUUAGACAUGUUUGUGGUCUGAAGUUAAUGAAAGCUUAUAACUACCAGUUUGCCAUCUAACAACAGACAUACAGUAGACACUGCCCAGGGAAAAAGAAAGUCAUCAUUUCGAUUUAAAUAAGCAAAUACUUAAGUGCCUUUGAUUGGUUAAUUACUGCAGUGAUUGUAUUUCAGCUGGCAGCAAUUCUUUUACCCCUAACUGAUGCAGUGAGUAGUUUCUCAUUUCUUAAACAAACAUGUCAGAAGACGCAUCCCAUGGGCAUGAAAUAGAGGUGACUGUGUUUCAGAAGGGUCAAAUUAUUGGCCUGCAUCAAGCAAAGAAAACAAUUAAGGAGAUUACUGAAGUGACUGGAAUUGGGUUAAGAAAUGUCCAGUGCAUUAUUAAAACCUGGAAGGAUGGUGAUGAACUGUCAACUUCACAGAAGAAAUGUGGUCAGAACAAAAUGUUGACUGACCAUAAUCAGAGAUCACUUAAAUGCUUGGUGAAAUCAAAUUGUAAAAUAAAUAAAUAAAUAAAUAAAUAAAUAAUCGACAGUAGAACUCGUGGCAGCGGCACGGUGGUGUAGUGGUUAGUGCUGUCGCCUCACAGCAAGAAGGUCCGGGUUCGAGCCCCGUGGCCAGCGAGGGCCUUUCUGUGCGGAGUUUGCAUGUUCUCCCCGUGUCCGUGUGGGUUUCCUCCGGGUGCUCCGGUUUCCCCCACAGUCCAAAGACAUGCAGGUUAGGUUAACUGGUGGCUCUAAAUUGACCGUAGGUGUGAAUGUGAGUGUGAAUAGUUGUCUGUGUCUAUGUGUCAGCCCUGUGAUGACCUGGCGACUUGUCCAGGGUGUACCCCGCCUUUCGCCCAUAGUCAGCUGGGAUAGGCUCCAGCUUGCCUGCGACCCUGUAGAACAGGAUAAAGUGGCUAGAGAUAAUGAGAUGAGAACUCGUGGCUAGGUUUAAUAGUGAAAUAGAGUAUUAGUGUCUGACUUUUUUUUUGGCUGGGCAGUGUAGUUUGGAUUAGUAAUGUAAUUUGAAUGUAAACCAUUACACAGAACAGCAGAGACUUGGAGAGAUCGAGAGAUGUCGUCACCCAAAUCAUUGUGCCAGCAAUCAGUGCAGGUUGCAUGACUGGUCAUUUUUACUCGUCGAGCGGUAAUUGUAUUGACAAAAAAAUAACUGACAGAUCGUCUUUUGCAUAGUUAAAGCAUAAAAUGAUUGAGGACACCAUUAUUUUUUAGCUGUGAUGUUAGUGUCUACAAAUACACAGUCUACAAAUUACAUUUCUAUUUGUAAUUCUUUCCAAGGCUGCAGUGAACAAGGAAUAGACAUAAAUCAGUGCAAUAACCAUGUAUAAUAAUAAUAAUAAUAAUAAUAAUAAUGUAAAGUGCAUUUGUGUGAAUGCCCUGGCAGAUUGUUUAUGUCCAAUAACAGAGUCCUCCUUAUGGCUUAAUGUUUCCACUUUGGAUGAAGGAUGCUUGAUUUACAGCAGUGUCUGUGAAGUUUUUCCACCAUGUUUAACUCCAUCCUCAACAACGAUUGGAUUGGCCUCUGAUCUGCUACUUAAACCUUGUAGCGCCAGUGCAAAACUAAACAAGCAAAUCUGGACACAAAACAUGGAUUGGUUGUUACAUUUGGGUGUAAGGGAAAUUUCCUUUCAUUUUUGGCUGAACUGUUGCUUGAAGAUUGAAAAGAUGUUUCCUGCUUUCUUUUAAAUUUGCAUUCUUUUAGCUUUUUUUAACAUUGAAAUGUAAAAAGUGCAUACACUUAUGAACUAUUUGCACAAAUGUGUGUGUGCGUUAUAUAAAAGAGAUUCAUUUUUAAAAUUCAUUCCUGUACACUGACAUUUGUUACUGUUUCUUGGAAACAAAGAAGAAAAAGCUGUAAAAUUAUUGUUGAAGAAAGAAUACAGUGGGAAUUAAAAUCGAUCAAGGGUGGGUUUCCCAAAAGCCUCUUCACGCUAAGAGCAUCUUAACAAGGCGAGAGAGUGUUCAUUGUGCUGCUCACUCUACCAUUUAACGAUGCUCUUUGUGCUAUGAUGCUUUUGGGAAACUCGGCACAGAUCAGCAUUUAGUUUUGUGUGAACUUCUUAAAUGUAGGACAAUUACAUCAGUUAGGUGCUAAUUCUGCCUUUUUGUAACAUCAUGAAAUCAAUGUUGAAAUGUUUGCUUUACAUAAUCAGCAACUCAGCCUUAAUUUUUUCAUAAUAGUUCCAUUUUGAAACUGCUUUUAAGUGUUAAGACAAAUUAGUGUUGAACUGUUUAUACUCAUUGUU